CCAACUAUUUACAAAAAAAAAAUCCUGCUGCCAUAAUUAACAAGCCGCAGGAAUAAUCUUUCGGUUACGUCAAGUUUACACAAAGGCACCACAUGUUGCCUUUCGCUUUGUGGAAUAAAACCCAACAUCUACGCUCUCACUAUAACGAUAGACAACUAGAUAGUAUAAUCCACUUUGAACUCUUAUUAUACAAUCAAUAAUUGUUAGUACUGCAACUUUUACUUUAUGGCUGCGAGACAACAAUCUUCACAAAGCGGCAGAAGCAUUUUUCCGACCUUCUCCUUUGAAGAGUUUCGAUGUCUUGACCUCAGUAAGCAGGAUCUGCUUUAUACACCGUGUUACUGCGAGGAAAAUAUAUAUAUGCUAUGUAGAGAAAUUCAACGCAGAGACUAUAAGUUAUUUAAAGGAUGUUCAGUUAUUUUCGUCAGCAACGAAUUCAAAACAGUAGCGCUAUGGCAACAACUUGCUGGUCAUGGCGAAGAGCAUGUCGUCAUUUGGGAUUAUCAUGUGUUUCUUUAUUACUGCAAUGAGGAUAAGUCGUUCGUUUACGACUUUGAUACAACAUUGCCUUUUCCUUGCCCAGCAGAGGUGUAUAUUUCUAAAACGUUCCAACCUAAUGCAGCAGUUGACAAACGAUACAGACCCAAGUUCAGAUUGUUAUCAGCUGAGGUUUACUUAGAGCACUUCGAAUCUGACAGAAGUCAUAUGCUUAAUGAAGAUGGAAUGUUUGUAAAACCCCCACCAGCUUAUCCUCCAAUAACUAAAGGUCUACAUAACUUGAAUAAGUACAUCACAAUGAAUCCAGAAAUGAAUAACGCGGAUGAAAGCAAGUAUGGGAAAGUAGUCUCUUUCGAAGAGUUUUAUACGACAGUUUGCACUUGAUAAAGUAUUGUGACACAUGCUCAUACACAUCUCUUACGAAAUAUCAAUAUUUUGGUUCUACUUCACCCUCUUUUCGAUAAUGUUUGAUAGCUUCUGCCAGAGCAGUCUCAGACACUCGAUGCUGCAUCAAAAAUUGACCAUUUAAAUGGAGAACUGGUAUAUCGA